CACUCAAGCAUCGUCACGUUACCAUCAAACCUCCCAUUACAGCAGCGACGGAUCAGACGUCUAGGCCGUCAAGAACGUGCUUGUGAGCUCUAUGCGCGAAAACAUCGUGUUAAUAUCAAGGUUUAGAGUUUCGGUGUCCAUCCCGCAGAGUCAAUAACGACAAGGAAUGCAGCUUAGUUCUCAGGGUCAACGUCAACAGCCCAGUGUCGCCCGCGCUAUACGGGAAGCCCGGAUAAGCCAUUGCCGAACGGCGGCGCGGGCGAGAGGGACGCGAAGGCGUUUAUACUUUGAUUUAUCAAAUACUCCAUCAUUUAAUUUCUUUACUAUUUAUAAAUUCUAUGUGGUCCCUUUCCUAGUAAUCUUCAGAAACGCAAAAUCACACCAACCCACUGCCGUAUUUGAAUUAUCCGAUGAUCCGCGGAGGCUCGUCAGCUCCGGUGAGUACGAGAUUGCCAUGGUCAAGAGGGCCAAUGGCAUCUCGUCGAACACCCACUGCAUCGUCGCUAAGAAGAUAGUCGCCUCCAAGAACGAGUGCGAGCUCGAGGCCGUCUUCAUCGCGGCCUGCACUGUCGCCAACGCGAAGCCCCAGGCGUACCCCUUAAUCGCGGGUUUCGAACCCAACGCGUCGACCCUGCACUACGGCGCCAACAACGAGUCGCUGAUCGGCCGACAACUCGUGGUGCUCGACGCUGGAGCAGAUUGAUCGUGCUACGCCAUCAGGGUCUAAUGCGAAGCGAGGGGAUCGUUCCAGAAUCGACAGGGCCUCGUAUCAGGCUUUAAGGGCCGAAGAUGUUGGUCUCCAUGAUACGCUGAACCUCCUCUUCUUUGGUCUAAUGCACAUUAUGUCAUCACGCGCAUCCUUAAAGUGGUGUAGGUCAUGAGAGACCGAAUAUCCCCAACGCGCCAUCUUCGUCAUUGUCGAAGUGGGCGUCGGACUCCAUUCCCUCCGUACCUUAUUCGGUCUGGAUCUUAAUCUUCUUUAUAGCCUUCAUCGACCACGGUUUUGGAGCCGGC